GCUGCAUUUCGGGAGGGGGGCGUCGUCGCCGUCAGUUCGGCUCUCCUCAUGAGCGCAAGUGGAAUAGCGAGGAUGAACUGAACUGUAAGUGAGUCGUCAAUAACUUCACACUUUGUCCAUCUCUGUGUGCGUGUGUGUGUGUGUGUUUUGUUCCGGUCGGUGUGAGCAGCAUGGCCUCGGCGGAGGACGACGCGCUGCUCUUCCUCAUCUACCAGCACCUGAAGGUGAACGGCUACCAAAAAGCUGCAAACCUGCUGAAAAAACACGUCACUCAGGUGGAGAUGCCAGAAGAAAGCUCCAACCUACAUGAUAUCUACACAGGCUGGAACAAGCUGUGCUCUCUGGCCCAGGAUGCCAAGCAGGAGACAGAGGUGGACUCCACCACUCUGAAGAAGAAGAGCAUCAAGCCGGAUCCAGGCACCAGCGAAGAAGAAGGAGCGGACGUCAAGUGCUCCAACAUGGCAGGAGCAGAAGAAGAAGACGAAGUGGACGCCAAGCCUCCAGUCGAUCGUCUCGCCGCAGAGCCUCAGACCAACGGGGCCGCGGCGGCCGGCGCACAGCCUCCGUCUCCGGGGAAAGACGGCAGGACGGCCCCUGACCAGACUGUGGAGCCCGGGGCCGAAACCAAACCAGAGACGGCAGGAGCGGACAGCGAGGGCUCCGAGUCCUCCGACAGCGAAGAAGAAAAAGAAGAAGAAGAGGAGGAGGAGGAGGAGGAGGAGACAAAGACACAAACAAAGUCGGCUCCCACCGAUCAGACUGCCGAGGCGUCCGAUGAGGCUGAAAGCUCCAGCUCCGACUCGUCCGACUCCGAGGACGACGACGCGGCUGGGAAACCCGGCCAGGCGGCUUCCGGGCCGGUCGACCCCGGCCAGGCCGCCUCUGACCGGGCCGAGGACCAACCCCAGGCCCCGGGUCCGGCUGAGGCCGCGGGGCCUCACGCUGAGGACAGCGGGGAGGAGAAAGGAGACGAGCCGGAGCAGGAGUCAGAGGCUCCCGCGGAGGCCUCUGAUGUCACGGCUGUCAAUCAAACGGAGGCCACGCCCCCCUGCAGUCAGGACAAUGAGGAGGACAGUCCAGCAGAGAAACCCAGCCAGGCCCCGCCCACUGCCUCUGACCUGACACCUCAGGAGACCAAUGACCAGCCAGCAGGACGUGAAGCCCCUCCCCUUGAAGACGCUGGUCAAGACACUGAAGGUGCUGCUGCAUCUGAAAGUGCAAAAGACGAGGAGGAGGAGGAGGAAGAGGAAGAGGAGGAGAAGGAAGAGAAAUCUAAGGCCGGCAGCAGCUCUCCGAGGACGGAGGCCGGUGACUCGGUCGUCCCGCCGAAGCCCGAGGACCAGCUGGUGACCUCAACGACCCCCGAGGAGCGGGGCGGCGCCGCCGACCCCCCCGCGGCUCACACAGCAGAGCAGACGGCUGCGGAGGAGCGAGCCGAGCCAGAGGACUCCAUCGUCCUCAACAUCGAGGUGGAAGAGAGCGGAGCGGCGGAGAGAGAAACCAGCCCGCCGCUCUCCGAGGAGGCACCUGAGACCUGCAGAACCCCCACAGGGAAGAAGAAGAAGAAGAAGAACAGGAAGGAUGUGGAGACGCCUGCUGCAGACACACCGACUGAAGACACGCCGACUGAAGCCACACCUGCUGAUACACCUCUGAGCUCCAAAAGUGCCAAGAAGAAAAAGAAAGAUAAAAAGAGGCAGAAGGAGGAAGCAGCAGCGGAGGAAGAGGAUCAGCAGGAGGAAGAGCAUCAGAAGGAGGAGGAGGAGGAGGAGGAGGAGGAAGUGUGUCAGGUCACUCUGUUAGAGAAGAAAAAAGCAAAGAAGAGGAAAAGAGAGAAAAAUGAGGCGGAGGAGAAAGAUGAGGAGACGCCUGUCCCAGUUUCGGAAAAGAAAGCCAAGAAGAGAAAGAAGAGAGGGGCAGAUGUGGCGGAGGUAGAGGAGAACGUCGCCGAGACUCCAGACAACGAGAAAACAAAGGAGGAAGAAGAAAAAGAAGAAGAAGAGGAGGAGGAGAAAACAGCGGAGCAUCCUGAGACUCCAACGGAGACAAAGCAGGAGGAGAAGAAGAAGAAGAAAAAGAAGAAAAAGGAAGGAGCACAGGAGGAGGAGGAGGCGGCUGACGGAGGAGCAGCAGAGGGCGACAGAGAGCCAGACGCGACAGAGAGUCCGGCAGCGCUCGGCUCGGCUCAGCUCCCGGCGGCCACCAAGAAACGCCGCCUGAGGAAGAAACUGAGCCUGAAGAAGAGGCUGAGUCUGCACCGGGACCGGGACAGGAGGAGGAAGAGGAGGAGCGGCGGCGGCGUCUCCUCCUCGGGCCAGACCGCCGAGACCGCCGCCGAAAACAAGAACCUCAAAGUGAAGAAAAAGAAAAAACAGAACCGAGAGGCAGAAGAGGAGGCGCCUCCACCCAAACCAGCCAAAAGACCUCUCCCCGACCCGGACCCCGCUCCCGCCACGGGGGACGACGACGCACCAAAGAAGAAGAAAAAGAAGAAGAUGAAAGUAAACUCCGAACAAGAGGAGAACUCGGCCAAAGAAAACCAGCCUCCCAAGACGAAGAAGGGGAAGAAGAAGCACAAGGGCUCGGCGGAGCAGGAAGAGGAAGCGAGCGCCGAGCCUCCUGACGUCGCCUCGCCUCCGCCUGCAAACGAAGGCAAGAAGAAGAAGAAGAAGAAGAAGAAGACGAAGGCCGGUAAAGGAGAGGAGACGGCGGAGCAGAAUGGCGAGCUGGAGACGGAAAGCUCAGCUCCCGAUGCUGUCGCUGCCAUCCAAGAGAAACCUGCGAAGAAAAAGAAGAAGAACAGAUUAAAGGAGAAGCUGGAAGAGACGAUACAGACCGAAUCUGCUCCAGACACACACACUCCACCUGUUGCUGCUAAGAAAAAGAAAUCCUCCAAGAAGAAGGUCCUCUCGUGAUUAAAUCUGGUGUGCUGUGAUCUGGCGGCAGACGUCAGCGGGGGAUCAUCGCCUCUCCGACCUGAAAGCCAUAAAGAAACAGGACCAUCUCCGCAGCGUCAGUGCCUUCUCUCCUGCUCCGUCAGCCGACGUGAGGAGACUCUCCGCCGCCGGAGGUUUCCACCGAUCAUCGUCAUUGUCUCUCCUUUUUCUUUGUUCCGCCGUGUUUUGCUCUGCUGUUGCGCCGCUCGGUUUGGGAAGACACCGCACACAGCUCACCCCUUUCAGCUGCCACUUAUCGCACAUGAAAGCCUCAUAAAUCCCAGCAGCAGAAAUCAGAGUUUUGGUGAUCGAAACAUUUCUCCGCGCCAGAAAGUCUCUUGGUGGUUAAACCUCGACGGGCAGAGCCAAAGAACAUCGCAAGAAAGUCAGAAUAUAAAUGGAAUUAUUUUUAUUAAUAUACAACAAUGGCACUUAUGGUCUUGUAAGGUCAGUGAGACUUAAAAUGGCCAAACUAAAUCAGUUAGAUUAUUGAGUUUUUAGGUUUCACAAUAUUAACUACCUCCUCUUUCACCUCUCACCUCUUGCCUUUCCCCGCCGGGCUCAAGUGUAAACUCACUUAACCAGAAAAACUGUGGUUCUUUGGCUCCGCCCACUGACGUUUAACUCAGCCAAUUAGAUCAUUUCUGCCUUUGGGCAACGCUUGUGCUGCUGGUGCGUGUGUAACUCCAAUCUGCGUCCCAUCUGAAGCCCAGACACUGUGAACGGACACUUCAAAUCCUCAUCCACGUUUGAUGCUGAGGAAAUGAAACUUUGGGGUUUCAGAGGCUCCUCUUUCCUUCCUGUUAAAGUCGCAGACAGCGACUUAAACCACAGAUGAAAAUAAUAGAAAUUACUUUGCAGGCAUUUUUAGGAAUGAUGUCACCCUCAUGUUCCUGUCCUCUGGCCGCUUUGCCAUUUGGCUGAGUGCAACAGCCCAAACCAUUUUAUAGCAAGCGAGCAGUGAGGGAACAAAAAGCUGUGAAACUCCUCAAAAAAAAAAAAAAAAUACAAGAUGAAUCCCAUGAGCGACACCGGCAGGGUUGUGUUUCAGUGAAGCUCGGAUAAAUCAGUUUUCGAUAGUUUAGCUGUUUUACCGUGUGCUUAAGCUUUAAAACUUUAUAAACUGAGCUGUUAGUUUCCUGCAGAGUAGCUGUAACUUCACCGAGUAACUUCACUUUUUAUUUCAAGAAGUUUUAAAGCUGUGAAUUUACUUCUUCUUUUUUUUCUUAGUGGUUUUUAGGGAAAAGGUUUCAGUGUUUCCACGUUGUUUACACUAUUUUUGUCGUCGUUGUUGUUUACUGAUCCCACAAACUGUUAACUAUGCACCUGAUGAAACCCUGCUGCUGAGGUCAACGUGGGAAUAUCGCUGAAUCUUUCAUCACGAGGAUCUUUGUUUCCUUUUCACCCCCCAGGAGCAAGCUAUGUUCGUAGAUACAGAAAUACAUCUUUUCUUUUUCAAGCCCUCUAUUAUCCGGGGUAAAGGUUUUUGCUGAAACACACGUGCUCUUGGUUUAUUUUUUUCCGCCCCCAUGGUACUUCAUCACACUGAGGGUGAUGCUCCCCUUUAAAUAUUCUCAUUCACGGCGAGACUCGACGAUACACAUUUCACUCCUCGUGCUGCACACUGUUGUCGUGAACGUCUCACUAAAAACUAAAAAACUAUGCAUGUGCCAAAUCAGCUCAACAUGAACUAUGCACCGCUGCGAGAGCUUUUACUCGGACCUCACGCUGCUCUCCAAACCUCAGUCUGUUUCAUCACUGAGCGUACGCCUCAGACGUUUUGCUCUUCUUUGUGAACUAAUGAAAAAUCAGUGUUGGUGAAAUAACCUGAGAUUGUUUUGGUUCGUUACAAGUAAAGCCAGUUUUGACCUCAGUUUUUGGUUGCAGAAAUGCCUUAAAAUGAGUUUCGAAUGUGCGCAGAGUCACCUGAGCUCACUGAUUUUCAACAAGCAGCACAUUCACAUCACUAACUAGUCACUGAUGCUGGCAGGUUUUACACUGGGAAAAAAGCAGGAGAAUACAAGGAUUUCUACAAAACAAAACCUCUCUAAGAUAAAA